UAUAUAUGCUUUGCAGCCUUCAUAAAUUUUCUGUUUUUUCUUCUCCUUGUAUAUGCCGAGCAGAUUAAGGGACUCUACCAGAAAUUGGAGACUGUAAUGUCCCGUGUCAAUUCGCAUACAAAUUUCAGUUUAAGGGUUGAGACUAGGGUUUUUUUUUCAGAACAAUUUGACUGAAACUAUUAUUGUUGUUUCAGGUAGUUGAAGGACUUUAGGGUUUUUUUUGAGCUGAACGGAUGGCUAGUGAGACUCGGUCUGGGAGGAAAAAUAAGCAUACUGAGAGCAAUAAAUCAAAGAACAAACAAUCGGAUAAAGGAUCAAUAAGUUCUGGCUCCGGAAAGACAGAUAGCUUAAGAAAGUCGGUUCGAGAAACCAAGCAAGCAGCUUCAAGCCCAUCGCGUACAAGGAAAUCCGAGCGUCUUGAAAAGCAGUCACCAUCCACGCCAGCUGUUAAGAAGAAAUCUGGAGUAAUUGAGAAACAGAAUACUCCGAGCCCUUUAAGAAGGUCUGACAGGGGCAAGAAAAAUACCCCAUCUAGUUUGUCAAGAUCAAGUUAUGUAGGAAGAGGACCCGAUUCAUCUAGUGUCGGGAAGAAGGAACAAAAAGAGAAAAGUGUGAAGGAGCUGAUAAUGGAAUCUGAAAGUGUUAGCACUAGGAGGGAAAAUGGUGCAACUUCUGUAGGCUUGAAAAGGAAGUUAAUGGAUGCCCGGAGUUAUAAGGCAUUAUUCAAAAUGCAAAGAAAGAGAUCUACUGCAGCAGAAAUUAUUGACAAGUUGGAAAGACCAAAGAAGUCAUCAAGAGUUGAUAGCAUUGCCAGUGAUGAGACUGACUCCAAGUUAAUCAAUGGGGAUAAUGAAUCUCAUGAAAGAGUUGUAGAAGAGUUUAAAGAACAUCCUGAUGGGGUUGCUUCUUCAAGGUCCAUUUCUAGCUUAGAAGCGUCUUAUGCAGAUGCUUCGGUUAAUGAUGUUGAGAUAUUGCCAGAUUCAAACCGCAGAUGCUGCUCUAAGGGAAAAUCUGCUGCUCUUCCUGCAGAAAAUGGUUUGGAAGUAUCUAAAAAUGGUUGCACUGUGGGAGAAAUUUCUGGUGAUUCCGAAAGGGUACCAGAGGGUUGCUCUGUGACUGAGGAUAAUUUGCAUAUCCCUGACUUGUCAUGUUCCACUUCUACAGGUGGUGAUAUUAUUCUGAAAAGUGGUGAACUAGGCAUUGGUAAAUGUUCUGAAACGCAUAAAAAUGCAUGUGACUUGGCUGAAGUUUCUCCUCCACCACUAGCUGACCAUGAAAAGCUUGGUUAUGGUGGGACUUGUGCUUCAUGCUCUAGACGGAUAAGGGUAAAUCAUGACUCACCAGAAGAGGAGCUGUGCUCAUGUGCUGGAAUGUCAGGCAGGGAUUACUAUAACCUAUCUAGGCUCAAGGAUGGAGUUGGUUCUGAAGCUGCAAUUCCUUUGGAUUCUGGAGAAGGAUGCAAUAUGCAAUUAAAUCAGGCACUUUCAGUUUCUCAAAGGGGUGCUGAUGAAAAAAUGUGCACCGUAUGCAAGCAAGGUGGAGAGAUACUGAUCUGUGAUGGAAGAGGUUGCAAGAGAUGCUACCACCUCUCUUGCCUAGAUCCUCCAUUAGAUGAUUUCCCACCAGGAGCUUGGCAUUGUUCCUGGUGUGUCAAGAAAAAGAUUGAAUCUGGUGUACAUUCAGUGACGGAAGGAGUAGAAUCAAUCCAGGAUGUCAGAGAAGUGGAAGUAGCAGGAAUGCAUAGGCAGAAGCAGUAUCUUGUUAAAUACCAGGGUCUUGCUCAUGCACACAAUCAUUGGGUUGCAGAGACACAAUUGCUUAUGGAUGCACCAUUGCUUAUUGCAAACUAUAAUCAUAAGAAUCAGGAUGUGAGGUGGAACUCAGAGUGGACAGUGCCACAUCGUCUCUUGAAGAAACGAUCAUUGAUGUUCUCCAAGCUGCAUUGUCAAGAUGCACGUGAUAAUAGCAAAUGCCUGUUUGAGUGGCUUGUGAAAUGGCAGGGCCUUGAUUAUGAGUAUGCUACAUGGGAAUUAGGGAAUGCUAAUUUACUGAACUCACGGCAUGGUGAAAGCCUUAUCAAGGAUUUCAAUAUUCGCCGCGAAAAGGCAAAACGAAGAAUUGACAAGAAUCAUAAGGGGCCACUUGUCAAACUAUCAGAACUUUCUGCUGGAGGUUCACAUAUAACAGAUUCUAAUCUGCUGAACAAUGUUAACAAGCUGCGGGAGUGUUGGUUGAAGUGCCAGAACACUGCUGUCUUUGAUGACCAGGAUCGUAUAAUGAAGAUGGUUUUAUUUGUUCUAUCUAUGUCAGAUGUCUGCUGUCCUUUCCUUGUUGUCACACGUUCAAGUUUGCUUUCCCAGUGGGAAGCUGAAUUUAGACGAUGGGCACCAAGUAUUGAUGUUGUAGUGUACACUGGAAACAGAGAUUCUAGAAGGAGAAUCAAGUCAUUGGAGUUCUAUGACGAAGGGGGUUUCAUGAUGCUUCAAGUGCUUUUAUCAUCUCUGGAAGCCGUCAUUGAGGAUGUAGAAAUGUUGAGCGGUUUGAAUUGGGAAGUGACUGUUAUUGAUGACUGCCAAAACUUAGGAAUUUCUGCUGGUGUGGAGCAAAUUAAAAUGCUUUCUACUGGUCUAAGGGUGCUUCUCUUUAAUGGUCCUAUGAAGAUCACCUCAUCUGAGUACAUUAAUCUACUCUCUUUGCUCCAAUGUAAAUUUGGUUUGGACAAGAAUGGUGGCUUGGCAUCUGAUAUCAAUGACCAUCUUGGAAAACUGAAAGGACUCUCAAAGGUUUCUGCACCUUGCAGCAAGCCUGACUCUUCCAAGUUUGUGGAGUAUUGGGUUCCUGUUCAGAUGUCUGACUUGCAGCUCGAGCAAUAUUGUGCUACAUUACUCACAAAUUCUAAUGCUCUUCGCACUUUCUAUAAAAGUGAUCCUGUUGGGGCUCUCCGCGAUACUCUUCUCUCUUUGCGAAAGUGUUGUGAUCAUCCAUAUAUUCUGGAUCCAUUCCUGCAACCCUUUAAUAAGGGGCUUUCUCCUGCUGAAAUUCUUGAAGUCGGAAUAAAAGCAAGUGGAAAAUUACAUCUCCUUGACAAGAUGCUCUCAGAGAUGAGGCUCCGACAGCACAGAGUGGUUGUCCUUUUUCAGUCUAUUGCUGGCUCCGGGGCAUCAAUUGGUGAUAUUCUGGAUGAUUUUCUGCGUCAAAGAUUUGGUGAGAACUCUUAUGAAAGAGUUGAAACGUGUGUUAUUCAUUCCAAGAAACAAGCUUCUCUUAACAGGUUUAACGACAAGAAAAGUGGGCGCUUUGUUCUUUUAUUAGAGAAUCGUGUUUGCCAUCAAACCAUUAAACUGUUGUCAGUUGAUAGUGUUAUUAUAUAUGAUAGUGACACAAAUCCCACGAAUGAUCUGAAACAACUCCAGAAGCUGUCAAUAGAUUCACAGUCUAAGCACACAUAUGUUUUCCGGCUGUAUUCAAGUUUUACUGUAGAAGAAAAAGCCCUAUUCCUCGCUAAACAGGACCUGAAUCUUGAUAGUAACUUGCAUACCAUAAGUCGGAGCCCCAAUAACACCCUUAUGUGGGGAGCCUCAAAUUUGUUCAGUAGAUUGGAUGAGUACCACUCUGGAGGCAGUCCGACCUUAAUUUCAAAUAAUUCAUCAGGGCAGUUGCGUUUAGAUGAUGUUAUUAGCGAGUUCUCUGCAAUAAUUUGUAAAAGCUCAGUCUACAAGGACACAUGCCAUUCCAUUAUUUCAAAAGUUCAAAUGAGCAUGGGAACUUACAGUGCUAAUAUCUCGCUGUUUGGUGAGAAAAAUAUGGAGUUGAAAGUUGGAGAAGAACCUCAUGUUUUUUGGAGAAAGCUGUUGGAGGGAAGAAAUCCACAGUGGAGAAAUUUAAGCAUUGCGACCCCAAGGAACAGAAAGAGAGUUCAAUACUUUGAUGAAUCCCCAGAUCCACCUAAUGGAAAUGAUGAUAUAGGAAAGAAGCGCAGGAAGGCGGUAAUGAACCAUAGUGUGGAUGCAAACCCCACUCACCCCACACCUGAAAGAGGUGAAAUUGCAGCUCCCAAAGGAGGUGUUCAUGAAAAUGAUGGUAUUGGUGCGAAGCAUGUUUCUAGGUCUCCGUCUCAUGUCUUGCAUGAGGUAAACCUUGUUGGGCGGCCUGAAGAAGGACGCAUACAGCAGAAAAGCCUUCAUAUUCAUCUGAAAGCUGAGUUUGCAAAACUGUUUGAAGUGCUAAAACUUCCGGACGAUGUCAAACAUACUGUAGAAAAGUUUCUGGAAUAUGUCAUGGAGAAUCAUCAUGUUAGUAGGGAAUGUGCAACAAUUUUACAGGCUUUCCAGUUAUCUCUGUGUUGGGUUGCAGCUUCAAUCUUAAAGCAAAAAAUUGACAAAGAGGAGACAUUCUUGCUAGCGAAGCAGCACUUACAGUUCGGAUGCACCGAGGAAGAGGUAAACGGUGUUUAUCUGAAGAUCCGUUCCUUGAAAAAGAUGUUCUUGCAGUGGUUGGAUCAAAAUGAUAAUGCUUCAAGUUCUUCUAAGUCUUUAUUAGCUGCGCGAUCUGUUCCAGAAGAGCCAUCGAAGGGAAGCAUGUCACAAGCUGUAGAAUCUUCCCGGCUGAAUGUGGAAAAUGAAAUGGAUGAAGGAUUUAAAGUUAAAAACUUAUCCAUGGAAUGCAUUGUCACGCCUAAAGAAGAACUUGUGGAUAUUGAAAGGGAAAAAUUCAUUAAGGAGGUCCAGUAUAGAUGUGACAGGCGAAUGUCAAAGCUGGUACAGAAGCAAAAGGAGGAAAUCAAAGAGUUCCAGAAAAUAUGGGAGAAGAAGAAGGAAGAGCUUGAGCUGGAUUACAGAGUGAAUUUUUCUGUUCUUCGGUCUAUCUUUGGUCAGAAUGCUGCAAUAAAGGAUAAACAAAAAAUAUUAGAAACUGAAUUUUCAAGCAAAAUGCAAGAGCUCAAAUGCCGCAAGGACCAGCAGCUUAAAGAACUUGAGGUAGAACACACUGCUAUGAGGAACAAGGAAAUGCAAAAGGCUGCUUCUUGGCUGGCGGAAGCAAAUUCCUUUAGGGGUGUUGGAUUUAAUCCUAUAGAUGACAUAGGGUGCUCUCAGGAAAAUGUAAAUGUCUCUCACAAUCGUCCCAAGGCUGUUCACCCUGUAUCUGGACAACAUGUUGAGGAACUGAAUCGUAAUAUUGUGGAUAGCACGCAGUGUGACAUGGUAGCAUCUGAACUACCUACAUCUACUUCUGAUGAGUCAGAUAUUCUUCCUAUUGAAACUACGGAUGUUUUAGCAACACCAGCAACAGAAGAGCAAGUUGAGAUUGCAUCCACGGCUGGAGUGUUGGUUGCUAGAUCGGAGCAGCCUAAUGAAGUAGGUGAUUUAGGUGGUGGUUCAGAGGAAUUUGGAGCAUUUGGUGCUACAUCUAAUCAGCCUAAUGAAGUAGGUGACCCAGAUGUGCCUGCGUCUGCUUCCAACGAGUCAAUUAUUCUUCCUGUUGAAACUUCAAAUGUUUUAGCAACAGCAGCAACGGAGGAGCAAGAGAUCGCUUCCAUGGCUGAAGCAUUGGUUGCUAGAUCCAAACAGCCUAAUGAAGUAGGUGAUUUAGGUGGUAGUUCAGAGGAAAUUGGAGCUUUGGUUGCUGCAUCCAGACAGCUUAAUGAAGUAGGUGAUCCAGAUGUACCUGCAUCUACCUCUAAUGAGUCAAAUAUUCGUCCUAUUGGAACUACAAAUGUUUUAGCAGCACCAGCAGCAGAGGAGCAAGUUGAGACUGCGUCCACGGCUGGAGCGUUGGUUGCUAGAUACGAGAGGCCUAAUGAAGUAGGUGAUUCAGGUGAUGGUCCAGAGGAAAUUGCUUCUGUGUUUCCUCUUCCUUCCGAAGAACAUACUGAAGUUCCACUAGAGCAUCCAACUAGAGAGCAUUUGUUGGAAGUAUCUGGAACGGGUGUUAAUGUAGUUGUGGAGAAUGAUCAUUCAGAAGUAAAUAAUGUUAUUGAAGAAUUGAAUACAGAACAUGGUAGUCUGGAAAAUAAUUCUCAUUUACCAAAUGAUGAAGAAAACUCGAGAGAUGCAGUUAGCUCCAUUGAUAGAAACCAAAUUUCUCUUGAGGAAGUGGUAGUGGACUUGCGUUUGGCAGCAGCAGUUCCUACUUCUGAUGGUGGUGGUUCUAUACCUCAAAAUCAAUCUUCAGGAUAUAAUGAAACACUCCCUCAUGAGAUGCCACUCCAAGAAAAUCAGAGUGGAACACAAGCUGAUGUUGAUGCGGGGCAAUGUGGACCCAACAGUUCUGAAGCCGUGUUAAUUAAUAGUUCCAAGCAACAACAGCCAGCUUCUGAUGGUUUUUCUCUUGCUGCUCACGAGCCACCAAGCGACACUGCACGUCAAACCCAUGAUGAUGAAAGGAAUUUUGUCCCAAACAUUGUGUCUUCUCGUCAUUUGGAUGGAGAGAUGAUGGAAACUUUGCAGGCUGGUGGUAAUUCGGGAGAGUGUCCAUCUGUCGAUGUUGAGAUGUCGCCUCUGAGCUGUGAUCGGCCUAAUUUAUCAGAAGUCAGUAGAGUGGAUCCUCGACCUAUUUCAGAACAGGGUUCAUCUUCUAAGAGUACUGAAGCUUCUGUUCAAGUGCCAGGUUCUGCUGAGCUUCCUAGUCAAGCAGUCUUGCAACAUAACACUAAUGUUGCCUUCGUCCAAGGACCUAGGAAUAUACCAGUUCAUCCUGCCCAUCAGAUGGCCAAUUCGAAUCCAUUUCUUCCUUUCAAUGCUGAUCCUCUGCAUAAAGAAUGGGAAAGGAUACAUAAAGAAAGAGAACAAGCCACUAAGAUUCUUGAGGAUACGAAAUUGCGUCUGCGAUCUGAUUGCGAGAAGGCGAUAGAGGAAUUGGUUGCACAAAUCCGUAAAAAGUAUGAUCUUAAUCUUCAGGAAACUGAGGCAGCAUUUUUUCGGAAGAAGAAUGAACUUGAUACGAGUCUGAACAAAGUUCUCAUGAAUAAGCUUUUGGCAAACGCUUUCAGAUGCAAGUGCAUGAAUCUCAAACCUUCAGGGCUUCCAGGCAUCCGUCAAGUUGUGCCUUCUAGUUAUAUGCAGCAUCUACAUCAGGUGUCACAGCAGCCUAAUUUGAGGUCUUCUCCUGUGACUGGUUCGUCUGCAGCUAGCCAGCAAAAUUUAGCCCCACCUAUUUUGAGAGCUUCUCAAGCCACCAGUUUGUCCUCAGCUGGCCAAGGACAGGUUGGACAGGAGACUUCUGUCCCCUCUUUGCCAGUUAUUAAUCGUUCAGUAAAUUCUGGUGGGAUUCCUCAGCCUGCAUUUAGAUCUACACCUGUUACCGGGUUGUCUUUCGCUGGCCAACAAGCACCCAUUCAGCAGACAGCUGCUGUUAGUCGUUCACCAGCACUUUCUGCUGGAGUUCCUGGCAGACCGCCUCUCAUCAGUGCAAUUACCCCUUCCACUGGCAAUCUCAGGGUAGCUGGUGAGAUCCGUGCUCCAGCCCCCCAUCUUCAGCCUUUCAGAACUCCUACAUCCAUGUCUACGAGCAGCCCCUCAACCCUUGCACAUGGUUUGCAAAAUCAACCGCUAUCCACUAACAUGGCUGCAUCAUCACCCGCACUUCCCCAACUUGCUUCUCUACAAACAACAUCCUCCCCAUCACAGUUAGCUACAGAUCUUUCUACUGCGGUAGAUCUCUCUUCUCGGAGUAUGAGUUCGCAGCAUGACAUUGGCGAGUUGCCUGCUCCACAAAAUCCGCCUAUGUCUGCGCAGGAACUGCUUUUGAAUAUGGAGAAUCGACCUCAUGCAAACAGGCGGAACAUUAUGCCACCUCUACCAGAUAUGAGCUCUAACUUCGAUUCAUUGGACCUAUCCGACUUUCAAACAUUGGAUAGUGUACAGGGAGGUUCUACUUCUUCAGCCAUAGCUACUAAUGUAACUGAUGUUGUUUGUGUAUCUGAUGAUGAGUGACUUGUUGACGAUGAAGUUUAUUUUGUUGUCUGUCGGUCAGCUUUAUCAUGUGUUUGUAAAAAUGAAUCAAAAGAAUAAUAAUUAAUUAAAAAAGAAAAAAACAGAAAGGAAGAGAAAGGUAUAAGGAGGAAGCUUGACAAGAUUACAUGGGCUUGCAUGUUCUUCCUCCCCCCCUUCCUUUUCCACUGUUAUAGUUUUUGCCCAUUACCCUUAAAUAGAGAAUGAUUUCCAGGCCAGUGAUACAAGAUGUUAGUUUUCCUGCAUAUGUAAUCUAAACACUAGUUAAUGUGAAAAUUACGUUGUCACUUUCCGAAGCUGAUUCGGAA